AUGCAGUGUAAGAAGAUGUAUCAGCGGUAAGACUAAGAAGGUUUCUCUCUCUGUGAUCUCCCUCUUCAGUACCUGAGGAUCUCUCUCUGGAAGAGAGGGAUGAGCUGUCAAACAUCCGGCGGAGGAAGAGAGAGCUGCUGGAUGAUAUUGAGGUGGGUAGCCUUGAAGUUGCUGUGGCUCGGCUUAGUAGCUGGCAAAGCUUUGAGGAAGAGUAUUGUGUUUUUCUGACGUUCUCAUGUAGCUUGUAUCAUUUUCUCCGAAUGAUUAUUCCAUGUCUCUGUUCAUAAGGUUCAUGGUCUAGUACAGUACUGCCUUCACUCUUGAAUAAUCUUCUCUGAAUGAAGCCUAUUCCAAGAUACCAAUUAUAUUUCCUUUUCUUCCUCACUCAGCGCUUGAAGUUUGAGAUAGCUGAAGUCAUGACUGAGAUCGAGCAACUAACGUGUGUAGGAGAGAGGUGAGUGAACAGCCCGUGGUCUCAUUCACUGGUGCUCGCAUUUGAUUUUCACUGUUCUAACUAGAAGACUGAACAAUUGUGUGCAGUGCUUUCAAUCAGGUGAUCUGUGCCUAUGCAGUGAUUUCAAUCAGUCUUAGCUGGUGUACCAUAUCUAAUUUCCAUACCCAAAUGUGACCAAACUAUUUUAUAAUCUCGUCUAUAUGCCUGCUCAGUUUCCCGUCAUUAGUUGAUUUAAAUAUGGCUCAACGUAAACAGCACUAAUGGGUCGGUCUGAACAGCUGAACGUUAAAAAGGUACCUUUUUACAUGGAAAUAAAUGUUUUUUGAAGUUGGUUGGUUGUAUUUAAGGUUAUCAUGGUUUUUCUUCGAUGUCAUGUCUCACAGCAAAACGACACAGAGGAACAAACAGAUCGCCAUGGGGAGGAAGAAAUUCAACAUGGAUCCUAAGAAGGUAUUUUCAGGUUUAAAUGUUUAUGACCAGAGCCUCAGGGUUCAGCGAUGGCCACAUCUUCAGUCUUUUAUUUCCGCCCUGGAAUAGCUUUUGGCGGUGUUGUGUCCAGUAAUGGACCCCUGUGACAGAAGAAGCUAUGUUUACGUUUAUAUGUAUGACCCAGGCUUCAUUGAUGGCCUCAAGUCUUUUAUUUCAGUCCUGGAAUGGCUUUUCUGGGUGUUGUGUCCAGUAAUGGACCGCUGUCAUAUACUACUGCUCUGCUAGAAUCAUUCACCCAUGAUUGAGAUAAACAGCCCACUGUCUGUCGCCCAUCUUGUAUUCCAGGGGAUCCAGUUUCUCCUGGAGAACGACCUUCUGCAGCACACCCCAGAAGACGUCUCUCAGUUCCUCUACAAGGGUGAGGGCCUGAACAAGACUGUCAUCGGAGACUACUUAGGGGAGCGGUAAGCCAUCCCAUCUAUCUGCCUAGUAGGGAAACUGUUUUCCCUCCCUGCCGCGCUGCAGAUUUAUGUCCACCACUUGAUUAGUCCGUUCGUUCCCCGAAUCUGAGGCCAUCUCCGCGGGUUAUUAUGGUUUGGAUUUAUUGAUGAAAGUGGCCACCUGGUUCCCUCGAAAUACAAAUCACCUUGCCAAUGAGUCGUCGUGGGUGUCUCGUCUCCCCUCUCUAUGCCACCCCACUGUGGACACCGGACUAGCCAUAAAAAAGACUUCAUUCGCCGCAACUCAGCCCAGAAACACACUGUCAGGUAACAGAGGUAAGGGGUCUGCUUGGGACUAGAGAUACGGCAUCUUAUAUGACUUACGUGCAACACUGUUGGCAGCUUCAGAUGAUACACUACAUGACCAAAAGUAUGUGGACACCUGCUCGUCGAACAUCUCAUUCCAAAAUCAUGGCCAUUAAUAUGGAGUUGGUCCCCCCUUUGCUACUAUAACAGCCUCCACUCUUCUGGGAAGGCUUUCCACUAGAUGUUGGAACAUUGCAGCGACUUGCUUCUAUUCAGCCACGAGCAUUAGUGAGGUCAGGCACUGAUGUUGGGCGAUUAGGCCUGACUCACAGUCGGCUUUCCAAUUCAUCCUAAAGGUGUUCAAUAGGGUUGAGGUCUCUGUGCAGGCCAGUCAAGUUCUUCCACACGGAUCUCGACAAACCAUUUUUGUUGAACUGCCAGAUCGGGAAGCAUGUUUCAUCACUCCAGAGAACGCGUUUCCACUGCUUCAGAGUCCAAUGGCGGCGAGCUUUACACCACUCCAGCUGACACUUGGCAUUGCGCAUGGUGAUCUUAGGCUUGUGUGCGGCUGCUCGGCAAUGGAAAGCCAUUUCAUGAAGCUCCCGACGAACAGUUCUUGUGCUGACGUUGCUUCCAGAGGCAGUUUGGAACUCGAUAGUGAGUGUUGCAACUGAGGACAGACAAUUUUUAUGCGCUUCAGCACUCGGCGGUCCCGUUCUGUGAGCUUGUGUGGCCUACCACUUUGUGGCUGAGCAGUUGUUGCUCCUAGACGUUUCCACUUCACAGUACUUACAGUUGACCGGGGCAGCUCUAGCAUGGCAGAAAUUUGACAAACUGACUUGUUGGAAAGGUGGCAUGUUGAAAGUCACUGAGCUCUUUAGUAUGGCCAUUCUACUGACAAUGUUUGUCUAUGGAGAUUGCAUGGCUGUGUGCUCAAUUUUAUACACCUGUCAACAACGGGUGUGGCUGAAAUAGCCAAAUCCACUAAUUUGAAGGGGUGUCCACAUACUUUUGUAUAUAUAGUGUAUCUUUAGGAAAAGACCAGGAGGUUAGGUUAUAUGAAGAACAGAAGGAAAAGAUGAAUGGAGAGCGAGACAGUCUAUGUAUUGAAAGAGAUGUGCAGCGUGACACAGACUGUGUGUGUGUGUUUGCAUCAGACGUGUGCGAGUGUGUGCGUCAGACGUGGGUGUGUUGGAGUCAGUCGUCAAUAUCGAGUCUGCAGGUUAAAUCUAUGAUCCCCAUACGUUCCAGGUGCUAAGUCCAGAGGGAAUGAUCAAAGAGCCAGCCCACUCACUGGAAAUAACUGUGUAAACAGGUGGGACGGCUAUAGUACUACUGGUCCUAAUUGAGUUUACGGGAGGAUCUGGAACAUAUCAUUACUCGCACUGUAAUUACAGAUGUGCGUGAGACAGAUGCACCCUUAUGGAAGGUCACGUUUUUUCAUGUUUUGCACAUGUAAAAAUAAUGUGAAACCAUGUGGUUUUGGAACAUUUCACAUGUGAUUGUAUUUCACAUGUGGAUUAAAGGUGAUUCCCUGAAAACUAAAAUGAGUGGAUAGGAUGUCACCGAAACAUCACAAAAUAGUUGCAGUGUUUUCAACUUACAUACAUUCGGAAAGUAUUCAGACCCCUUGACUUUUUCCACAUUUUGUUAUGUUACAGCCUUAUUCUAAAAUGGAUUAAAUAAUUGUUUCCUCAUCAAUCUACACACAAAACCCCAUAAUGACAAAGCAAAAACAGGUUUUUAGACAUUUUUUGCACAUUUAUUUAAAAAAACAACCUGAUACCUUAUUUACAUAAGUAUUCAGACCCUUUGCUAUGAGACUCGAAAUUGAGCUCAGGUGCAUCCUGUUUCUAUUGAUUAUCCUUGAGAUGUUUCUACAACUUGAUUGGAGUCCACCUGUGGUAAGUUCAAUUGAUUGGGCAUGAUUUGGAAAGGCACACACCUGUCUAUAUAAGGUCCCACAGUUGACAGUGCAUGUCAGAGCAAAAACCAAGCCAUGAGGUCGAAGGAAUUGUCCGUACAGCUCCGAGACAGGAUUGUGUCGAGGCACAGAUCUGGGGAAGGGUACCCCAAAAAUUCUGCAGCAUUGAAGGUCCCCAAGAACACAGUGGCCUCCAUUCUUAAAUGGAAGAAGUUUGGAACUACCAAGACUCUUCCUAGAGCUGGCCACCCGGCCAAACUGAGCAAUCGGGGGAGAAGGGCCUUGGUCAGGGAGGUGACCAAGAACCUGAUGGUCACUCUGACAGAGCUCCAGAGUUCCUCUGUGGAGAUGGGAGAAACUUUCAGAAGGACAACAAUCUCUGCAGCACUCCACCAGUCAGACCUCUACGGUAGAGUGGCCAGACGGAAGCCGCUCCUCAGUAAAAGGCACAUGACAGCCCGCUUGGAGUUUGCCAAAAGGCACCUAAAGGAAUCAGACCAUGAGAAACAAGAUGAUCUGGUCUGAUGAAACCACAAUUGAACUCUUUGGCCUGAAUGCCAAGUGUCACAUUUGGAGGAAACCUGGCACCGUCCCUAUGGUGAAGCAUGGUGGUGGCAGCAUCAUGCUGUGGGGAUGUUUUUCAGCGGCAUGGAUUGGGAGACUAGUUAGGAUCAAGGGAGAGAUGAAUGGAGAAAAAGUACAGCGAUCCUUGAUGAAAACCUGCUCAGGACCUCAGACUGGGGCGAAGGUUCACCUUCCAACAGGACAACGACCCUAAGCACACAGCCAAUACAACACAGGAGGGGCUUCGGGACAAGUCUCUGAAUGUCCUUGGGUGGCCCAGCCAGAGCCCGGACUUGAACCCGAUCGAACAUCUCUGGAGAGACCUGAAAAUAGCUGUGCAUUGAAUCUCCCCAUCCAACCUGACAGAGCUUGAGAGGAUCUGCAGAGAAGAAUGGGAGAAACUCACCAAAUACAGGUGUGCCAAGCUUGUAGCGUCAUACCCAAGAAGUCUCGAGGCUGUAAUCGCUGCCAAAGGUGCAUCAACAAAGUACUGAGUAAAGGGUCUGAAUACUUAUGUAAAUGUGAUAUUUCAGGGGGGGGGGGUUUGUAUAUAAAUUUGCAAAAAUGUCUAAACCUGUUUUUGCUUUGUCAUUAUGGGGUAUUGUGUGUAGAUUAAGGGGGGAAAACAAUUUAAUCCAUUUCAGAAUAAGGCUGUAACGUAACAAAAUGUGGAAAAAGUCAAGGGGACUGAAUACUUUCCGAAUGCACUGUAUUUGACACACUUUAACAUGUAUGAUUACAUUGUGUAUGUUUAUUUAUACAGUAACUAUUAUUCAACAUGUCCUGAACUGGGAUUUGAACCCACAACCUCUUGGUUCAUGGCAUUCCAAUCUUCCUGCUAUGCCACCAUGUCUGUGUUAAUAACUGAUUUCCCCUGUAUUCCUACACUUUAGACUUCAAAGUGAAUCUCAGCUUUGUAAAAAAUAAACUCAUGAAAUACUAUUAUAUUUAUCAUAGUGAUUCAGGAGUAACAUUAAAACAGAAUAAUAUGUCCCACCAACAUUAGACAACUAAAGAAAACCCUCAAAUUGCUGAAAUAAGUCAAUGAAAUCAAUGAUGAGAGAAUAGUCAGAAUAACUGAUAACUAAAAUAGCAGUCAGAUGGCACUCUGUUGCUAAGUGCAGAGAUGUACUAUAGGUAAUUAAUGUUUAGGGGACUUCAGAGAACGCUAAAGACUUUGUGGUUUAGCAGAAAGAUAAGCAUACCCCAAAUCCAGAGGUUGUGAGUUCAAAUCCCAGGUGGGAUAAUAUUGAAAGUCAUCAUUUUAAAUGCAAUCAUGUCAUUAAUGAAAGAUUUGUACACUAUUUUAGCUGAAAAGCAUACAGCUUCCCUUAAAACCCCCAUACUUUUCAUUUCUUCCCUUACCAAGAAAACGUGAAAAUGCUAAUUAAAUAUAAUCACAUGUAUUCAGUUUAGAGUUCACAUGUUACCAUCUUUUCACAUGUGAGGACAAUAACAUGUUUUCACCUCAUUUGCAUUUUCACAUGGUAAACACUUUCACAUGUUAAAAUCGAACUUGCAUUUUCACAUGUGAAAGACAUUCACAUGUGAAAAUCGAAUGUGCCGUUUUACAUGUGAAAAACGUUCAAAUGUUGUCACGUGUAGUUUCAUGGCCUCACAUGUUAAAAUGUUGCAUCCCCAUGUUGUCAAAUGUAUUUCACGAGGUAAUGUUUUCACGUGUAGUUUCACGUUAUCACAUGUCGCUUUUGCAUGUUAUCACAUUAACUUCACAUACAGUGGGGGAAAAAAGUAUUUAGUCAGCCACCAAUUGUGCAAGUUCUCCCACUUAAAAAGAUGAGAGAGGCCUGUAAUUUUCAUCAUAGGUACACGUCAACUAUGACAGACAAAUUGAGAUUUGUUUUCUCCAGAAAAUCACAUUGUAGGAUUUUUUUAUGAAUUUAUUUGCAAAUUAUGGUGGAAAAUAAGUAUUUGGUCAAUAACAAAAGUUUCUCAAUACUUUGUUAUAUACCCUUUGUUGGCAAUGACACAGGUCAAACGUUUUCUGUAAGUCUUCACAAGGUUUUCACACACUGUUGCUGGUAUUUUGGCCCAUUCCUCCAUGCAGAUCUCCUCUAGAGCAGUGAUGUUUUGGGGCUGUCGCUGGGCAACACAGACUUUCAACUCCCUCCAAAGAUUUUCUAUGGGGUUGAGAUCUGGAGACUGGCUAGGCCACUCCAGGACCUUGAAAUGCUUCUUACGAAGCCACUCCUUCGUUGCCCGGGCGGUGUGUUUGGGAUCAUUGUCAUGCUGAAAGACCCAGCCACAUUUCAUCUUCAAUGCCCUUGCUGAUGGAAGGAGGUUUUCACUCAAAAUCUCACUAUACAUGGCCCCAUUCAUUCUUUCCUUUACACAGAUCAGUCGUCCUGGUCCCUUUGCAGAAAAACAGCCCCAAAGCAUGAUGUUUCCACCCCCAUGCUUCACAGUAGGUAUGGUGUUCUUUGGAUGCAACAGCAUUCUUUGUCCUCCAAACACGACGAGUUGAGUUUUUAUCAAAAAGUUCUAUUUUGGUUUCAUCUGACCAUAUGACAUUCUCCCAAUCCUCUUCUGGAUCAUCCAAAUGCCCUCUAGCAAACUUCAGACGGGCCUGGACAUGUACUGGCUUAAGCAGGGGGACACGUCUGGCACUGCAGGAUUUGAAUCCCUGGCGGCGUAGUGUGUUACUGAUGGUAGGCUUUGUUACUUUGGUCCCAGCUCUCUGCAGGUCAUUCACUAGGUCCCCCCGUGUGGUUCUGGGAUUUUUGCUCACCAUUCUUGUGAUCAUUUUGACCCCACGGGGUGAGAUCUUGCAUGGAGCCCCAGAUCGAGGGAGAUUAUCAGUGGUCUUGUAUGUCUUCCAUUUCCUAAUAAUUGCUCCCACAGUUGAUUUCUUCAAACCAAGCUGCUUACCUAUUGCAGAUUCAGUCUUCCCAGCCUGGUGCAGGUCUACAAUUUUGUUUCUGGUGUCCUUUGACAGCUCUUUGGUCUUGGCCAUAGUGGAGUUUGGAGUGUGACUGUUUGAGGUUGUGGACAGGUGUCUUUUAUACUGAUAACAAGUUCAAACAGGUGCCAUUAAUACAGGUAACGAGUGGAGGACAGAGGAGCCUCUUAAAUAAGAAGUUACAGGUCUGUGAGAGCCAGAAAUCUUGCUUGUUUGUAAGUGACCAAAUACUUAUUUUCCACCAUAAUUUGCAAAUAAAUUCAUUAAAAAUCCUACAAUGUGAUUUUCUGGAGAAAAAAAAUCUCAUUUUGUCUGUCAUAGUUGACGUGUACCUAUGAUGAAAAUUACAGGCCUCUCUCAUCUUUUUAAGUGGGAGAACUUGCACAAUUGGUGGCUGACUAAAUACUUAUUUUCCCCACUGUAAGAUCACAUGUUAUCACAUAUGAAACACGUGGUCACGUGAAAUUCAUAUGAUUUUUCCGUAAGGGAGUGGGCGAAUCUGUCUUGAACGACACAAUCAGAUGGGGUCUUUGGUUAAUGUAUUAAUAAUCCUGUCCUGAUUUUCUAGCUUUUCUUAUAACUCCUGUUGAUACAAUACAAGUUUAGAUUUUCUUAGAUAAACGUUUUAAGUGAGAUAUUGACAAAAUUCUGUAAUACAUCAGUAAUAAAACUGUUUUUAUUAGUAUGAUCGGUUCUUAGAAGAGAUUCUUUCUUAGAUAUUUCUCUCUUCAUUUACUUGAAAAACUUUGUUUGUUGCUUUUUUGGUUCUUGGUUGCCUUCUGAAGUUAAUGAGUGAUACAUAAUACAAUGAGUGUUCAUGCUCUGGAACAUUCAAAUUGAUGUUACAUAAACAACAUCAGAGGACCACAUAGCUUCAAAGGUGAUGUUGACUUUCUCUCAAACACCCCUUUGGUGCUUCAACAGAUAUCUCACAAAAGGCUCUUGUGUCUGGAUUCUGUGUCUUGUUUUUCAUCAAUCAAAUGCACGCUGGACCAUGCCAAGCUUCAAUAGGCCAGCACCUCGAGGUAUUGGGAUUCAUUUCAAUAGGCCAGCACCUAGAGGUAUUGGGAUUCAUUUCAAUAGGCCAGCACCUCGAGUUAUUGGGAUUAAUUUCAAUAGGCCAGCACCUCGAGGUAUUGGGAUUCAUUUCAAUAGGCCAGCACCUCGAGAUAUUGGGAUUCAUUUCAAUAGGCCAGCACCUCGAGGUAUUGGGAUUCAUUUCAAUAGGCCAGCACCUCGAGGUAUUGGGAUUCAUUUCAAUAGGCCAGCACCUUGAGGAAUUGGGAUUCAUUUCAAUAGGCCAGCUAUUAAGAUUGCUUCUAGACUCUUGCAGCACUGCUUUGUAUGUCAAUGGAGGCAGAAAAAUUUCUGGAAUUCAAAGAAAAAGCAUAUGCUUGGGCAAAAGAGUCUCAAUCGCUUCUCCAGGACACUUUUUAUAUUCCCUUGAUAAUAUUCCCAUUCCUUGCUCUGGAAAAAUGCCUUGAGGAAAAAGCAUUUCCUGAUAGGAUUACUUGUCCUUGUGUCCCCAGAGAUGAGUUUAACCUCAAGGUACUGCAGGCGUUCGUAGAGCUCCAUGAGUUUGCUGACCUCAACCUCGUCCAGGCCUUAAGGUGAGCUAUGCGUUUCUCUCAUCAAACAGGGAACAAACUGAACAAAACUGGUUUUAUAAGGAACUGAUGGAGACGUUUAUACUUCUAUAUCGUAUACACUUAAUACUGAUAUUGAAAGUUAAUUGUUCAUUUGUGUUCAGUGAGGUGCUAAGUGUCAAUGUUUCUGCUCUCUGUGUGUUGCAGGCAGUUCCUGUGGAGUUUCCGUCUGCCUGGUGAGGCUCAGAAGAUUGACCGGAUGAUGGAGGCGUUUGCCUCGCGGUACUGCGGCUGUAACCCUGGAGUGUUCCAGUCAACAGGUCUGAUCCUCAGCAUUCAACACGAAGUCUACCUCCCAAAGGGCCCAUAGGGCUCUGGUCAAAUGUAGUGCACUAUAUAGGGAAUAGGGUGCCAUUUGGGACUUACCGAUGGUGAAUGUCCGUUCACUGUUUUAGAUGAGUUCAUAUGUGUUUUAAUGUAGCAGCAUUUUGACCACCGUGGGUCUAUGUCACCCUCAGCCUUGUUAUUCAAUUAUCACUAAUGAAUACUUCCUGAUCUUGAUUGGAGACCAUUGCCAUCUGUCAUGGGUCAAAAGUUCACAUGUGGACUGAACAAGAUUUUUGUUGGUAUGAAAGGAGUAGGAGAGUACCGCUACGAGACACACACAUCAGCAGAAGAGACUGCCUAGAGUGUAUCCUGUUCACCAGAUAGCCAGUGGAGACUAGAGUAGAGUGUAGCCUGUGGGCCAGAUAGCCGGUGGAGACUAGAGUAGAGUGUAGCCUGUGGGCCAGAUAGCCAGUGGAGACUAGAGUAGAGUGUAGCCUGUGGGCCAGAUAGCCAGUGGAGACUAGAGUGUAGCCUGUGGGCCAGAUAGCCAGUGGAGACUAGACUAGAGUGUAGCCUGUGGGCCAGAUAGCCAGCGGAGACUGGAGUGUAGCCUGUGGGCCAGAUAGCCAGUGGAGACUGGAGUGUAGCCUGUGGGCCAGAUAGCCAGUGGAGACUAGACUAGAGUGUAGCCUGUGGGCCAGAUAGCCGGUCGAGACUAGAGUGUAGCCUGUAGGCCAGAUAGCCAGCGGAGACUGGAGUGUAGCCUGUGGGCCAGAUAGCCAGUGGAGACUAGACUAGAGUGUAGCCUGUGAGCCAGAUAGCCAGUGGAAACUAGACUAGAGUGUAGCCUGUGGGCCAGAUAGCCAGUGUAGACUAGACUAGCGUGUAGCCUGUGGGCCAGAUAGCCAGUGGAGACUAGACUAGAGUGUAGCCUGUGGGCCAGAUAGCCAGUGGAGACUAGACUAGAGUGUAGCCUGUGGGCCAGAUAGCCAGUGGAGACUAGACUAGAGUGUAGCCUGUGGGCCAGGUAGUCAGUGGAGACUAGACUAGAGUGUAGCCUGUGAGCCAGAUAGCCAGUGGAAACUAGACUAGAGUGUAGCCUGUGGGCCAGAUAGCCGGUGGAGACUAGUGUAGCCUGUGGGCCAGAUAGCCAGUGUAGAAUAGACAAGACUAGAGUGUAGCCUGUGGGCCAGAUUGCCAGUGGAGACUAGGUUACAGUGUAGCCUGUGGGCCAGAUAGCCAGUGGAGACUGCCUAGAGUGUAGCCUGUGGGCCAGAUAGCCAGUGGAGACUGCCUAGAGUGUAGCCUGUGGGCCAGAUAGCCAGUGGAGACUAGACUAGAGUGUAGCCUGUGGGCCAGAUAGCCAGUGGAGAGGAAGGAUAAGACACACCAUAUAACCACUAGUCACUGCACAGGGUAACCCAACCAAUAAUACCUCAUACAAUAAUAAUGAUUAGAGCAAUCUGAGGCAACAGAUAUUAAUAAUGAUGAUUAGGCAACAGAAUUAAAGAACCCAGUCAUCAACAUUAUAAGAUUUGUAAUAAUCUGUAUUCAUUCCCAGAGGGGGAGUGUGUGUGUGUGUGUGUGUGUGUGUGUGUGUGUGUGUGUGUGUGUGUGUGUGUGUGUGUGUGUGUGUGUGUGUGUGUGUGUGUGUGUGUGUGUGUGUGUGUGUUAGGGUUGAAUGGCGGGAACCCGGUUACCGAGAUUUACCGCCCAAAACCACUCCCUUUUCCCGUGAUAAAUAACUGCGAUAAACCGGUAAAUUAUAAUAAAUUAUUUAUAUGAACAGCAUGGCGUGAAAUAGAACUGUUAAAUUAUAGCCUAUGCGAUGUCAAAAUCGAGUUCUCUACGGCCUCUGCAUGAUGAAUCAAUGUUCAGGGAGAGCAGUUCACAAUGCAUGUGGACCUAUCAUCUCAUGGUAACUUUUUUGUUGUGACAGGUAGGCCUACAUUUGUUGCAGCAUAGCCUAUGCUACAGUAAUAUAAAUAACCAAUGCGCGUCUAAUUUACCCAUCUCCAUCUGGCUUUUUUUAUUGACACUGCAAAGUUUUAAAACAGCCUAUCACUUGAAUAUCGUUGCUUUAAAUCGGUGCACGCGUGAGCACUCUCUCGCAGUCUUUCUCUCUCGCCAUCAACUCUAGAUUUCGUAGCCUACCCCUUUCAGGUAAUACAUUCAAUGCAGUAUUAGCCUUAUAUUUUGCUAAUUAAUGAUGGGUUAUGCAUAAUAAGCUUCUAACCUCUGUCUCUUGCGCAAUACACAAUCACCUGUGCUCCGCUGGCCUCUCCAUAAAAUACGCUCUUGGAGUCCCUUGCAGGAAAAGCUAGACUAGAAUAGCUUGCUGGACAUGAUCUUUUUUAUGCAUUUCUUAUACCAAUAGAUUAUUCGAAGAGGGACACAAGCUCUUUUUUGCUGAAUGAUAAGUACAGCAGCCAAUAGAACUCACGGUUCAUCAUAAAGAAAGGAGGACCAAGGCACUCUUCAGAUAAUUAAUUAAAAAGCCAUUAUUUUUAUGGCAUGUUCACUGGAAACACAGAUUAAAGACUCUGACGCGUUUCGGCUGCAUGGCCUUCGUCAGGGAGAGCUCACGGGUAGUUUGAAAGAAGAGCGAACUCGCGAUUGCGGUAGGUUAUAGCAUUUAUUUAUUCAGACCCAUAACCAUUCAAUCUAUGUGAAGAGAAGUGAAAGCCUUCUGCAUCUAAUUCUAGUCCUAUAUUAUUCUGGGAUGAAGAUAAGGACAAUGGAACUUGUUUCAUUUAACUGUUGAAAGCGAGGAAGGAAUGAAGCAACAAUAGAGAGAGAAAGAGGAGGAAGGCUAAUAACAUAUUAUGAAAUGUGUAUAUGCGUCAGCCUACUAAUUAUACAAAUAGGCCCUAUUAUAUUUCAAAAUUAAAAUCAAAUUCGCUAGCCUAUACUUAUAAAUUUGUAGGCCGCAUGUGCUGCACCAGAAUCGCAUGUUCUCUUCUGCUUUAUCAUGGUUUGAACGAUGUGUGUAAUUCAAGUCCAUAUAAUACUGUAUAAUACAGUAAUACAAUUCACACUCAAAAAGAUUAGCCAACUGGAGGUUGUUUCAUUUAUUUACCCAACAAAGCAUAUAGCUAGCUACAUCUAUGGGCUUUUAUUUUUUUCUGUCGUGUGUAAUGUGCAGUAGCCUAUAUCAUAUAUGUAUUGGAUAACGGCACAAUCAUUUGGGCUUUUUUGGGGCUUGGGCUCAUUAAAUGUUGUUAAUGUAUAUCUCACUGGUCAUCCCCAAAGCCAACACCUCCUUUGGCCGCCAUUCCUCCCAGUUCUCUGCUGCCAAUGACUGGAACGAACUGCAAAAAUCUCUGAAGCUGGAGACUCUUAUCUCCCUCACUAACUUUAAGCAUCAGUUGUCAGAGCACCUUACUGAUCACUGCACCUGUACACAGCCCAUCUGAAAUUAGCCCACCCAACUACCUCAUCCCCAUAUUGUUAUUUAUUUUGCUAAUUUGCACCCCAGUAUCUCUAUUUGCACAUCUCUUGCACAUCUAUCAUUCCAGUGUUAAUACUAAUUGCACUAUGGCCUAUUUAUUGCCUUACCGCCAUAACUUGCUACAUUUGCACACACUGUAUAUAUAUUUUCUGUUGUAUUUUUGACUGGCUUACCUGGUUAAAUAAAGGUGAAAUAAAAAUAAAUGUAGGGCUCAUAAAAUGUAUUUAUGAUAUGACUCAUCAGGCUGAGGUAGCAUCAUGUUUGAAUGUUCAUGCUGAUCAAAGCUCUAAUCAAAUCCAGACAUACAGUAUUUAUAUGCUUUAUAAUGCUUUUGAAUCACGCAGUGGAGGCUGUUGAGGGGAGGACGGCUCAUUAUAAUGGCUGGAAAGGAGCAAAUGGAAUGGCAUCAAACACCUGCAAACCAUGUCUUUGAUGUAUUUGAUACCAUUCCACUGAUUCCGCUCCAGUCAUUACCAUGAGCCCCUCCUCCCCAAUUAAGGUGCCACCAACCUCCUGUGUUUGAAUGACACUUUCGGUUUUGCCGGGAAAUACAGGGUUUCCCGGGAGAAAAGUGAUUUAUUCGAACAUUAGAACAUUUCUAAAAUACAGGGAAAAUAUUCAACUGGUGUGUGUGUAGACCAAAACAAAAAAGGCCUUAAUGUCCCAAAUCUCCUAGGCCAAAUUACAAUAGUCCCACAAAAAAAAAAAAAUCCAGUUCAAUCAAUAAUCCAAAAAUAAUGCACACUUCCCUGAACACAAAUGUCCAAAAAUCCGUCCUGCAGGGCAAUAACUGUCCAGCAGCACUGAACAUCAAAGGUCGCGUAGCGCAAAAAGAGAGAGUCGGCUUCAGUGUAAAGCACUGGAGAGAGAGAGAGAGGGAAAAGGAGAGAGAGCGAGGGCGAUGGUCUGUCUGUUUUAGCUGUUGACUUCAGGCUUGCAGUUGCGCUCGUCUGUACGUUUUGUUUGACAAAGCUUCGUAACAAUGUUUCUAGUAAAGUUAAUCCAUAAAAUCCAAAGUUUGAAUGGCCCCAACCGGUUCCAAACACAUUGGGAGUAGAGCGAUAACACAGGCGAUCUAAUUUAUAACUUUUAUAAUCCAAGCACAUAGAAAAUGAUCAAGGCUUCUGCAAUGAGUGGCACACACAUUAACUGCCGCCCGACCGAGACCACUCACACAGAGACGGAGGAGACAUAUUUACUUCCUCUUUCCUGACAGCUGGUGCGCUCUUAGUUGCAGCGCACCGUGAAGGCUCCGUGCAGGAUUUCGACAACUUAUCCCCAAACAAUCUGGAAUUAUUUACGAAAAAGAGCUAGAGUAAGGAUAUUAUUUCCACAAUAGGUAAUACAUAGUUUAUAGUUCAUUUUCUAUGCUAGUCAUGGGUUCAUUCAGAGAGAGGAGGGACUGUGCAGUGAAUCUGUGCUCUGUUCACUCAAGACGUCUCUGCUCCGAGUAGAACAGACAGUCUGUCAUGUAUAGGGCAGAACAACAGUACCAGAACUGCUAGUACACAGAUACUCAGUGGGGGGGGGCCCUGUGAUAGAGACAUACACUCAGUGGGGGGCUCUGUGAUAGACAGUCAGGAGUGUGUCAGAGGGAAACUGAGAAGAAUUAUGAUUUAUUUAAAGACAGGGACUGGUGUGUGUCAGCAGGCCAUUAAUAUACCAGCACUACAGUAGAAUGUGUUUUUAUGGAAUUCUUAAAAGUCUCUAAGACAUUGGUGAGGGGGACGGGGGUUCUAAGCUGACAUAUGGAAUUGUUUUAAGAUAAUCAUACUAUGGAUCAUUUAGUUAUUUGAUUUAGAAUUUUAGGACCUCUUUAGGUAGACCCAAAAAAUAUGAAACAAUUAUUUUAUAAAAUAUUGAAUUUGGCCUUUAGUACUAUAGCCCAGAGAAACGCAUUCAUAAAUGGCAAAAAAGACAGUCAAAAAAGAAAUCAUAAGAAACAAGGUUUUGAAGUGUUUGUCCUAUAUCUAGGAGAUAGAAAUAUAUUUCCUGAGCUUUCUUCUAUGUUUUUAUACAUAUUUAACCCUUUUUUUGGGUAGCCACAAAACUACCUUCAUACUUUCAUUUUUUAAAACCGGUGCCGGUUACCUUCAGACGAGUCCCGUGACACUUGUGGUGGUCGUAGAGAAAUACAGAGAACACAUCAUGUUUGUGAGAAUCACAUUAUUUUGUAACCCAGACGCUACAAACAGAAGUUGGCACAUCGACGGUACUGAUUUCAGACGAGUCCCCUGACAUUUGUAGGGGUUGUAGAGCAAAACCAUAUAUCUCUAGUUUUAAACUGAUGGAUUUUGAUGGGAAUUUGUGUAUUAUGCUCCUUAGAUUGACGCACCGGUGCGUCAAUGGACUCUAGGGGGAUUUAUUACUUAAAGACAUUGCAUCUCUACUGGUAGUGGUAACAGUAGACUACUCCCUGCUGGGUCACCAGGUUGAGCUACUUAUGAAUGCGUUUCUCUACUAGUAUUAGUGUCAUGGAUGCAGAGGAGAAGAAAAGUAGUUGUAUUGUUUAUAGAUCAAUAUUCAGAUAUAAUUGAUAUAUUGACCACUACAAUCUUCCCAAAACUCAUUAAUGGACUAGUGUCUAGCGUCCCUGCUUAACCUCCGUGAAAGGCAGAGAGAUGUCUGUUGAGGUGUGUAUCAGUGCUAAAUAUUCAUUACUUCUCUCCUUCCUGCAGACACCUGUUAUGUGCUGUCAUUUGCCAUCAUCAUGUUGAAUACCAGCCUGCACAACCCCAAUGUCAGAGAUAAGCCCCCUGUAGAGAGAUUCAUCUCCAUGAACAGAGGUAUCAAUGAGGGAGGAGACCUGCCAGAGGAACUACUCAGGGUAAGAGAGUCUGUGUGUGUGUGUGUGUGUGUGUCUGCGUGUGUGUGUAGAGCAAAGUUUCUUCCAUUACUCAACCUUUUGUAUUCUAUUUGACAGAAUUUAUUUGACAGCAUCAAAAAUGAGCCCUUCAAAAUCCCAGAGGACGAUGGCAACGAUCUGACACAUACGUUCUUCAACCCCGACCGAGAGGGAUGGCUACUGAAAUUAGGUGUGUGACGACCAAAGAAUCCACAUCUUGGUACUUGGUUCAUCAACAUAACUACAAAUAUUCUAUAUCCUAUCCUUUUUCACUACAUUUAGUGCAGAUGGAUAUGACCUCAGGAUGUUAUCAAUGUGAAAAACAACUCUCGUAUUGUUUCUGCACUACUGUCUCAUCCUAGUCUUUUCUCCCCCUCCCAUUCCAAGCAUGGUCUGUGUGAUUCAGAUGCUCCUCUCUCUGUCCUUGGUUUAUGUCCUCACUGUGUCAUGGUUGUCUCUGUUGAAGUAGGUAGUCUUUUUAAAUGUGCCCUCUUGUUUUCCCUCACACCCUUUGACCUGUCACCUUUCUGUUCUGUGACUGGCUGUUCCUUCUUACUCUGCACUAGGAGGUAGGUACCCCUCCUCGAUCCCAGUAGAAGUUGCCCCUAACUACUGAUACAGGGUCAAAUAUAUUGGUUAAGGUUACGACUGGGGGUGGCUGUAAACUGAUCCUAGAUCUGUGGUUAGGGACAACUUCUACUCCCUACUUUCCCUCCCUCCCUGCAGCUGCCUCAUCCUGAGGACCCAUGCUAACAUGUAGACCUAGCUGUUCAUCUUCUUAGUCAACAGAUGUAUUAGCUGCUAGCUGGUUAGUGCUCAUCUAUUAGCUUGUUUGUUACAGAGAUGUGUGUGAAACUGUGACUUAUGGUUGUCGAGGGUGACAGGGUUAUCUAGAAUAGGUUGUCACAUCUUGGAUGAGGACCCACCACAUUCCUCCUCAGUCGGGCCAAUGUCUCUGUCUCACACGACUCAAAUUUAUGUUAGCCUUGACAACAUGCUAUUUGACUUAUGGGGACUGGUGUAGGGCCAGGAGUUUUUUCAGACCAUGUGACCUGACCAGGAAAAACUCAGGGCCCUAGGAAGGGGUGCAUUUCUUUCAUUUAGGUCAUGGGUUUGCACUUUGAGAAUGUGUUCUGUAUGCUACAGUACAGUAUGUGCUGAUCCUGUGGUGUUCUGAGUUCCUCCAUCCUCCUGCCGCUGCCCACCAGGCCUGAAACACAUCCUGCUGCUGCUGCUUCCCUCCAGGCCUGAAACACAUCCUGCUGCUGCUGCUUCCCUCCAGGCCUGAAACACAUCCUGCUGCUACUGCUUCCCUCCAGGCCUGAAACCCAUCCUGCUGCUGCUUCCUUCCAGGCCUGAAACACAUCCUGCUGCCGCUGCCCACCAGGCCUGAAACACAUCCUGCUGCUGCUGCUUCCCUCCAGGCCUGAAACACAUCCUGCUGCUGCUGCUUCCCUCCAGGCCUGAAACACAUCCUGCUGCUGCUGCUUCCCUCCAGGCCUGAAACACAUCCUGCUGCUGCUGCUUCCCUCCAGGCCUGAAACACAUCCUGCUGCUGCUGCUUCCCUCCAGGCCUGAAACACAUCCUGCUGCUGCUGCUUCCCUCCAGGCCUGAAACACAUCCUGCUGCUGCUGCUUCCCUCCAGGCCUGAAACACAUCCUGCUGCUGCUGCUGCCCUCCAGGCCUGAAACACAUCCUGCUGCUGCUGCUUCCCUCCAGGCCUGAAACACAUCCUGCUGCUGCUGCCCCCCAGGCCUGAAACACAUCAUUCUGCUUCCUACUUCCUCCUCCUAUCUGGUUGCGUCUCAAAUGGCCCCCUUUUUCCUACACAGUGCACUAUAUAGAGAAUAGUGCCAUUUGGGAUGAAACCUCUACAGUGGGGAAAAAAAGUAUUUAGUCAGCCACCAAUUGUGCAAGUUCUCCCACUUAAAAAUAUGAGAGAGGCCUGUAAUUUUUAUCAUAGGUACAUGUCAACUAUGACAGACAAAUUGAGAGAGAAAAAAUCCAGAAAAUCACAUUGUAGGAUUUUUAAUGAAUUUAUUUGCAAAUUAUGGUGGAAAAUAAGUAUUUGGUCACCUACAAACAAGCAAUAUUUCUGGCUCUCACAGACCUGUAACUUCUUCUUUAAGAGGCUCCUCUGUCCUCCACUCGUUACCUGUAUUAAUGGCACCUGUUUGAACUUGUUAUCAGUAUAAAAGACACCUGUCCACAACCUCAAACAGUCACACUCCAAACUCCACUAUGGCCAAGACCAAAGAGCUGUCAAAGGACACCAUAAACAAAAUUGUAGACCUGCACCAGGCUGGGAAGACUGAAUCUGCAAUAGGUAAGCAGCUUUGUUUGAAGAAAACAACUGUGGGAGCAAUUAUUAGGAAAUGGAAGACAUACAAGACCACUGAUAAUCUCCCUCGAUGUGGGGCUCCACGCAAGAUCUCACCCCGUGGGGUCAAAAUGAUCACAAGAACGGUGAGCAAAAGUCCCAGAACGACACGGGGGGACCUAGUGAAUGCCCUGCAGAGAGCUGGGACCAAAGUAACAAAGCCUACCAUCAGUAACACACUACACCGCCAGGGACUGAAAUCCUUCAGUGCCAGACGUGUCCCCCUGCUUAAGCCAGUACAUGUCCAGGCCCGUCUGAAGUUUGCUAGAGUGCAUUUGGAUGAUCCAGAAGAGGAUUGGGAGAAUGUUAAAUGGUCAGAUGAAACCAAAAUAUAACUUUUUGGUAAAAACUCAACUCGUCGUGUUUGGAGGACAAAGAAUGCUGAGUUGCAUCCAAAGAACACCAUACCUACUGUGAAGCAUGGGGGUGGAAACAUCAUGCUUUGGGGCUGUUUUCUGCAAAGGGACCAGGACGACUGAUCCGUGUAAAGGAAAGAAUGAAUGGGGCCAUGUAUCGUGAGAUUUUGAGUGAAAACCUCCUUCCAUCAGCAAGGGCAUUGAAGAUGAAACGUGGCUGGGUCUUUCAGCAUGACAAUGAUCCCAAACACACCGCCCGGGCAACGAAGGAGUGGCUUCGUAAGAAGCAUUUCAAGGUCCUGGAGUGGCCUAGCCAGUCUCCAGAUCUCAACCCCAUAGAAAAUCUUUGGAGGGAGUUGAAAGUCCGUGUUGCCCAGCGACAGCCCCAAAACAUCACUGCUCUAGAGGAGAUCUGCAUGGAGGAAUGGGCCAAAAUACCAGCAACAGUGUGUGAAAACCUUGUGAAGACUUACAGAAAACGUUUGACCUGUGUCAUUGCCAACAAAGGGUAUAUAACAAAGUAUUGAGAAACUUUUGUUAUUGACCAAAUACUUAUUUUCCACCAUAAUUUGGAAAUAAAUUCAUGAAAAAUCCUACAAUGUGAUUUUCUGGAUUUUGUUUUUCUCAUUUUGUCUGUCAUAGUUGACGUGUACCUAUGAUGAAAAUUACAGGCCUCUCUCAUCUUUUUAAGUGGGAGAACUUGCACAAUUGGUGGCUGCCUAAAUACUUUUUUUCCCCACUGUAUCUAUCCACUUGGGAUCCCCUCCCCCUCUUUCCAUCCCACCGGCUGCGCUUGCCAGAUCAUUUUAGUUUGUUUUCCUCUCGGAGUUGCAUGCAUUACAUCUGUAUGCUAAUUUUAGCAUCCCUUUGGAAGGAGCUGCCUGUUGGAGACACCAUGGUUUUUAUGAUGUAGUUAAAUGGGUCAUUACUGCAGUAUGUCAGGUAGUUAAAUGGAUGAGACUGCGCUGCCCUGACUGAGUGUACUGUAGCCUUAUGUGUUUCCUGUUAUGCUAGGAGGGACUUACUGGCCCUGAAUACACCAAUAAUUGACAGUGAUGUCUGAGGGAUUUUUUAAAUAUAGUUUCUUAGAAAAACAACACACACACUUUGGGAGUGGAAAUGCAUCAUUUUGUUUUUCACACCAGUUGCACCACACAUUUUACAUUCAGUAAUUCACCAGAUACCUUUAUCUAGAGUGACUUGACAAACUACAGUCAUUUUAUACAAACACAGAGAGCAGAACAUCAGCAUAAAUACAUAAAUCAAUGUCAGGUUUUGACAUGAUAUGACAGGCAUGCUGACAUCUGCUCAAGAGUAGUAAAUUACAAUGAACUGCAGGGGCCCCCAUAUACACAUUUUAGAAUGUCAGCAUGCCAUGUUUAUACAAUAUGUUAAUGCAUUUCACAUAGUGCUAUAGAAUCCUAGAGUUCUAUCAGUAAACUAAUAUAUAAUAAUAGUAGUCUAAUUAUAAUAAUAGUAGUAGUAGUAGUAGUAUAAUAGUAGUCUAAUUAUAAUAGUAGUAGUAUAAUAGUAAUAUCAGUUUUUAUUUUCUUACUUUUUUAACCUUUAUUUGAACAGGGAAAACAUAUUGAGACCUAGGUCACUUUUACAAAUGUGCCCUGUAUAUACAACAUAAAUAUACCCAUUAUGCCCAAACAUAUACUUUAAAAUAAAAAAAGAGUCAUGGGAAGCACAAAUAAAACAUCACAAAUCACCCAGAAAAACAGUUACAUUCCUCCACAAAUAAGUCCCCAAUCAAUACUUUAAAUUACCCAAACGGCACCAGAACAUCAAUAUGAAAUUUACUUUGAAUUUUGUUGCAGCACUACAGUGCAUUAAAACUAAAAGCAGAUUUACCCAGCUUGGUGGAGACCCUAGAAACCUCAAGAGUUAACCAAUCCUGUGAACGGUUUAGGCAACACAGGUGUCUAUACUUCAACAGAAAAGUUAGAUAAGAUGGAAGUUUAUGAAGUAGGGCCUUGUAAACAAAAAGGGAGUAAUGUAGAGAUCUACGGGUCUUUAGCGAAGUCCCGCUAAUAAUUUGAUACAGGAUGCAGUGAUGAGUAUCAAAACUGUCACCUGUAACAAAACAAAGGGCACUGUGGUAGAUGGCAUCCAAAUGUUUAAGAGUAGUAGCAGCUGCACUUUGAUAAAUUUAAUAUCACCAUAAUCAAGAAUAGAUAAAAAGUUUGACUGAAUAAUCUGCUUCCUACUGCUUAGAGAAAGGCACGAUCUGUUUGUGUAGAAAAAGUUAACUUUAAUUUCCAAUCCCCUCAAUAUAUAUAUAUAUAUGGGAUUGGAAAUGAAAGUUAACUUUUAUACACACACACACUACCGUUCAAAAGUUUGGGGUCACUUAGAAAUGUCCUUGUUUUCAAAAGAAAAGCCAUUUUUUUGUCAAUUAAAAUAACAACAUCAAAUUGAUCCGAAAUACAGUGUAGACAUUGUUAAUGUUGUAAAUGGCUAUUGUACCUGGAAACGGCUGAUUUUUAAUGGAAUAUCUACAUAGGCGUACAGAGGCUCAUUAUCAGCAACCAUCAGUCCUGUGUUCCAAUGGCACGUUGUGUUUGUUAAUGCAAGUUUAUCAUUUUGAAAGGCUAAUUGAUCAUUAGAAAACCCUUUUGAAAUUAUGUUAGCAGAGCUGAAAACGGUUGUGCUGAUUAAAGAACAUUAAAACUGGCCUUCUUGAGACUAGUUGAGUAUCUGGAGCAUCAGCAAUUGUGGGUUCGAUUACGAUUUUUUCUUCUGAAAAUCGUCAGUCUAUUCUUGUUCUGAGAAAUGAAGGCUAUUCCAUGUGAGAAAUUGCCAAGAAACUGAAGAUCUCGCACAACGCUAUGUUCUACUCUUUUCACAGAACAGCGCAAACUGGCUCUAACCAGAAUAGAAAGAGGAGUGGGAGGGCCCGGUGCACAACUGAGAAAGAGGACAAAUACAUUAGUGUCUAGUUUGAGAAACAGACGCCUCACAGGUCCUCAACUGGCAGCUUCAUUAAAUAGUACCCGCAAAACAUCAGUCUCAACGUCAACAGUGAAGAGGCGACUCCGAGAUGCUGACCUUCUAGGCAGAGUUGCAAAGAAAAAGCCAUAUCUCAGCACUCCACCAAUCAGGCAUUUAUGGUAAAGUGGCCAGAUGGAAGCCACUCCUCAGUAAAAGGCACAUGUCAGCCCGCUUGGAGUUUGCCAAAAGGCACCUAAAGACUCUGAUCUGAUGAAACCAAGAUGUAACUCUUUGGCCUAAAUGCCAAGCGUCACAUCUGGAGGAAACCUGGCACCAUCUCUACGGUGAAGCAUGGUGGUGACAGCAUCAUGCUGUGGCGAUGUUUUUCAGCGGCAGGGACUGGGAGACUAGUUAGGAUCGCGGGAAAGCUGAACGGAGCAAAGUACAGAGAUCCUUGCUGAAAACCUGCUCCAGAGAGCUCAGGACCUCAGACUGGGGCGAAGAUCCACCUUCCAACAGGAUAACGACCAUAAGCACACAUCCAAGACAAUGCAGGAGUGGCUUCGGGACAAGUCUCUGAAUGUCCUUGAGUGGCCCAGCCAGAGCCCGGAUUUGAACCCGAUUUAAACAUCUCUGGAGAGACCUGAAAAUGGCUGUGCAGCAACGCUCCCCAUCCAACCUGACAGAGCUUGAGCAGAUCUGCAGAGAGGAAUGGGAGAAACUCCCCAAAUACAGGUGUGCCAAGCUUGUAGCGUCAUACCCAAGAAGACUCGAGGCUGUAAUCGCUGCCAAAGGUGCAUCGACAAAGUACUGAGUAAAGGGUCUGAAUACUUACGUAGAUGUGAUAUUAUUUGAUUUUUUAUUAUUUUGCAAACAUUUCUAGAUCUGUUUUUGCUUUGCCAUUAUUGGGUAUUGUGUGUAGAUUGAUGAGGGGGGAAAAACUAUUUAGUCCAUUUUAGAAUAAGGCUGUAACGUAACAAAAUGUGGAAAAAGUCUGAAUAAUUUCUGUGUGUGUGUAUAUAAACUCAGCAAAAAAAGAAACGUCCUCUCACUGUCAACUGCGUUUAUUUUCAGAAAACUUAACAUGUGUAAAUAUUUGUAUGAACAUAACAAGAUGCAACAACUGAGACAUAAACUGAACAAGUUCCACAGACAUGUGACUAACAUAAAUGGAAUAAUGUGUCCCUGAACAAAGGGGGGUCAAAAUCAAAAGUCACAGUCAGUAUCUGGUGUGGCCACCAGCUGCAUUAAGUACUGCAGUGCAUUUCCUCCUCAUGGACUGCACCAGAUUUGCCAGUUCUUGCUGUGAGAUGUUACCCCACUCUUCCACCAAGGCACCUGCAAGUUCCCGGACAUUUCUGGGGGGAAUGGCCCUAGCCCUCACCCUCCGAUCCAACAGGUCCCAGACGUGCUCAAUGGGAUUGCAAUCCGGGCUCUUCGUUGGCCAUGGCAGAACACUGACAUUCCUGUCUUGCAGAAAAUCUACCUUUCAAACGUUUUUGAACACCUACUCAUUCAAGUUUUUCUUAUUAAUUUUAUUUUUUACUAUUUUCUACAUUGUAGAAUAAUAGUGAAUACAUCAAAACUAUGAAAUAACACAUAUGGAAUAAUGUGGUAAUCAGUGUUAAACAAAUCAAAAUAUAUUUUAUAUUUGAGAUUCUUCAAAUAGCCACCCUUUGCCUUGAUGACAGCUCGAAUAUAAAAUAUAUUUAGAUUUGUUUAACACUUUUUUUGGUUACUACAUGAUUCCAUAUGUGUUAUUUCAUAGUUUUGAUGUCUUCACUAUUAUUCUACAAUGUAGAAAAUAAUAAAAAUAAAGAAAAACCCUUGAAUGAGUAGGUGUUCUAAAACCUUAUACCAGUAAUGUGUGUGUGUGUGUGUGUAUAUAUACUCUUGGCAUUCUCUCAACCAGCUUCAGGUAGUCACCUGGAAUGCAUUUCAAUUAACAGGUGUACCUUCUUAAAAGUUAAUUUGUGGAAUUUCUUUCCUUCUUAAUGUGUUUGAGCCAAUCAGUUGUGUUGUGACAAGGUGGGGGUGGGGGAGUAUACAGCAGAUAGCCCUAUUUGGUAAAAGACCAAGUCCAUAUUAUGGCAAGAACAUUUUAUUUAUAUAUAUAUAAAUAAUAAUUUUAUAUAUUACUAUUAUGUAUCCAUAACUGUUAUAGAGUUCUACCGCCCUCCUUCGGCUAACCUUUGUGCACUCGAGGAGUUAACUACUUUGUUGUCUUUUACUAAAUCAAAGUUAUUAUCCUGGGUAACCUAAAUUAUGAUUGGGAAAUGCAGGCUUCACACAAUCUAAAAGACGUGUAAUGAUCUAAACCUAACCCAGCUGGUGACUAAGUCUAAACGGCCCAACCCUAAAUAUCCUUCAAAGUCAACUCUGAUUGAUCUUAUCUUAACGAAUACACCAGAGAAAUAUGUUUCUACUGGUGUCUUCGCCAAAGACAUUAGUGACCAUUGUCCAGCUGUUUGUGUUAGAUUUUUGUGUUCUCACAUCUCUAUGCCUCGUGUCAUCACAAAGAGGGAACUUAAUUGAACAGGCUUUUUUACAUUCUCUUUAUUUUAGUGACCUUGAUUGUAUUUCAGCUAUCCCUGAACCUGAUUUAGCUUUCAACCUUUUUGCAGAUGUCUUCAAUACUAUUGUAGAUAAUUAUGCUCACUUCAAAAAAGUUAAGGGUUAACGGUAGAUCGAAUGCCUGGUACAGUCCGGAAUUAUCAGGUCAUUCAUAAAAAGAGAUGAUGCUUUGGUCAAGGCCAGGAACUCAAGCAGAACUUUUGUGAAACAUCACAGCACAGUUGAAAAAUAUAUGGCAAAUAGAAAUCAAAACUGGAUGGUGUUCAGAGAUAGAUGGGAGGUGUUGAGUGAAAUGGGAAGGAUGGGACUAAAAACCAACAAAAAAUACAUUUUACAGACACAGUAUAUUUAAAAAUAGUUAUGUAGAAACUGGAAGUAGAAGCUUAAGUGUUGUCCAUUUAGUUUACUCCAAUUAGGGGAGGGGUGGUAGGGUUAGGGGAAAAUAAUAAAGGAAAAUAUAUAUAUAUAUUUACAAAAAAUAUAUGGGGGAUUGGAAAUGAUAGACAAUUACAUUGAUGGAAGCCACAAUCUAUCUGCAAUAUUAAAGCUGAUCUACCCCCUAAAAUAAAAAUAAAAAAAGUAUAAUAAUACUAUAUUAAAAAUAGUUUACUAACAUAGUAUUUCUUAUAAUUACAUGGAUCAUUGACUGCUUGCAUCAUUUUGGUUUAAUUAACAAACUCAAAUAAUCCUUAAAAUCUGGACAACUGUAGAGAAUUAUCUGCAUUUAUCUGCUGACGAAGGCUUGACUGAAGGAGAGAAGAGUUAAUGCUAACUCGUGAGGAGAUAUUCUUCCUGAAAAAAUGCAAUGUCUGAGAAUUGUAUCUUGUUACUCAUUCUGUUCCUCACACUCCCUGGUCGGUUGGACAGACAGACUGGUUUUGACUGUCUUCACGGUACAGAGAGGGAUGUGGCCAAGUGAAAAGAACCAGAGUUUUAGAUUUUGAUGAAUGCUUCUAUAAAAUGGGACCACGUCCCCAUUUUGUAUUCAUUGUUAGUACUUGAACAUUUAAAAUUUAAAUUUAAAGAAGUAAACUCAUUGCAACAAACACUUAAACUCGCUUACUUUGGUUACGAAAUGCGGAAUGAGUAAUUGUCCCUCUGUAUCUUUUCACUUGAUAUAUCCGUAAAAUAAUGAAAUAAAAUUAAGAUGUAUCACUUCAUUUAAGAGGCAAAUGUCUGUAUUAUGCAGUGGCCUGGGUAUAAUGGCAGUCUGAAUGCCUAGCCACCCCUGACCAAUGAACCACGCUCCCCAGCUCCGGCUGAGCCAACAUAAUGCGGUCACACGUGAAAGGCUGCAUUUCUGGGAUUUCUCCCCAAAUUGAACCCACAUUUUGACUGUUUUCACAAGCAAUACCUGCACUGCUCCGGGACCUCUGGGGAGGCUGAGGGGCGGGAGGGGGGAUAUUGGAUCAGAUUGAAUCAGCCUAAUGGGCAGACUGCCAAUCGGAUAGGGUUAAGGUACUAUUCCUAAGGACUGAGGGCUGGGCUAUAGGCUAGUCUGUCUGUCUCAACGUUUAGUCUCAAAGGAAAUAUUCAUAAUUGCUGUUGCAGUUUGCACUGAAACGUGUCUGUGAGAAAGUCUUUGCUGAAAGGUCGACAUUAAGCAGCCUCCAUCUAAACCCUUGUAGUUGCUUUCCCAUAGUAUUGUAUAAACCCAAGUGAUUUGCGUCCACAUGCCGCGCUGGGGUCUAUUCAGGAGGGUGCAACAUUACAGAAUAUUCAGUUAGAAAUGUAUUGCCUAGAAAAAGAUAUGAUUGUCUGUCAUGUAGAAUAUAGGGAAUCAUGUCAGCUCUAUACAUUACAUUUCUAUCUGCAAUACUAACCGUAUCAUCUCAUUGGCUGUGUAGCCUACAGCACUGCCUCUCCGCAUGGCUUGGCCAUUGGCUCUUCUCUGUCUGUCAGGUUGUUACUCAACAUGUCUCUCUGUGAGGAUGUUACUAUGUUGUUACUCAACAUGUCUCUCUGUGAGGAUGUUAUUAUGUUGUUACUCAACAUGUCUGGUAUAUUUCUCUACAGGUGGAAGAGUAAAGACAUGGAAGAGACGGUGGUUCAUUCUGACUGACAACUGCCUGUACUACUUUGAAUACACAACGGUAAGUUAGUGUGUGGUUUUAUCAAUACUAUAGAGAAAGAAUACAAUUAAUUGUAUGUCCACAGCCAGUCUGUAGCAGAUGCAGCACGGCCCUUUGACCUAAAUGCACCCUGGUCCAGCAAUUAACACUAUGCAUGGAACCAUCUGGGAGGUCUGCUGCACAUCUGGCCUAGCCCAGAUCCCCUACACACACUGAUGAGAGCACAGCCCCAAGACACACCACAGCUUAGAGGCCACUCCCAGCACUGAGAGCCCAGUCCAGUCCCUGGGUGUCCCGUCCCUGCUGUGUUCUCUCAUUAAGAGAAAGACAGGGGGGCUGUUCUGUUCUGUUCCUCAAGGUCUCCUCAGCCCCCAGACUCCCCCAGCCUGCAGAGCCUCCCAGACACAAUAGAAACCCACUGUAGGAUUGGGUUACUUCUCCCUUAGGUACUGUACUCUGUAUGAGGAAGUUACUUAGGUUUCAUGUCCGAGUAUGGCUGAUUUAUACACCCUUAUGUGAAUAAAACACAUUAAAAAACACAUUUGUAGUUAUUGAACCAGCUGCACAAAACAAUUGGCCUGUAACUGUAUGCUGUGUGGCUGCAUAUAAAAUAAAUGAAUGUGUUCCUCAUGUGUUGUCUGCAGGACAAGGAACCUCGUGGGAUCAUUCCUCUGGAGAACCUCAGUAUAAGAGAGGUGGAUGAGCCCAGAAAACCUGUAAGUUCCUCAAAAUAUACUGAAACACUUUCUAAGAAAGGGCUAAUAAAGCACUGAACACUUCUAGUCUCUCUUCACCAUAAAUAACCUGAUUUCUUCACCGUAACAAACUCUUUCUGUACUCUCACCUCUCUCGCUGUUGGACCCUGUCGUCCAAUCAGAAUUGUUUCGAGCUCCACAACCCCAACCACAAGGGUUCGUUGAUCAAGGCGUGCAAGACUGAGGCGGACGGCCGGGUCGUCGAGGGCAACCACACAGUGUACAGGAUAUCAGCGCCCACCACAGAGGAGAAGGAGGAGUGGAUCAAAUCCAUCAAGUACGUUUUUCGCUGUAACCCACCUAAGGUUUUGGGAGUUUUGCCCCCAUGUAAACACAACAGAUAUUACUCACCAGGGUCCAAAACCCAUAAUAAUCUGCUAUGAGACGCCAUUGAAUCUCAACUAACCAUGAUUCAAUGGCAAAGCUAGGAUUAAACCAGUAUGUAUGUAUCCACUGACGCUUCUUUAAAGAUACGUUGUUCUUCACACAGCACUAUGACCAUGUGUGAGAGAGGCUCACUUUCUCAGUGUGCGGUAGAUAAGACUGGACUCAGAGUUGAUCUGAGCUCUCUGGAGGUUAAAUGGGUUUCCGGUUGAUAAAGCCCUCUAGAUUAGCCUAUAGGCAGGAGAACCAGAACACACACACUACACUCUCUUUCUAGCAUUCUGCCUCAAUUCGUUACUCUUAGUGUUUUCCCUAAAUCCACACUAUUUAUCAGAAAAAUGCUGUCCAGUUAAAGAGAAAAAGAAUUAUGAAAGUGCUCUGUUAAAUUGGACCCAGAGGGUGAUUGAUCAUAGCUCCACUCAGCUGAUCUUUCCGAUGAUCAAUAUCUGAGGGGGGAAUCAUAUUAUAUGAUACUCUCAUCAGGCAUGAAGAUAUAGAAACACCAUUUAGGAUUGAACGCUGGGUUUCUAUUAGAACCAACCGAAUGGCUUUUUCUGCUCCUGCCACAACCUGUUUGGAUGAAGUGGGUGCCGUACACAGUUAAGGAGAUUUGACAGGGGAACAUGAUGAUGAUAAUAUAUCAACUUUAGUUCUGCAAUUAUCAUAACUUUAGAUAGGGGUGUUGGAAAAGGAGUUUACAGUGGGAAAAUUGGGAAACCAGUGCCAAUCCUAGUCAAUACCAGCCCUGUAUGAAAUCACAGCCGUAGGUCAACUUUAUAGGACUCUUCAUUGUGUCGUAGCUGUGAGACUGUGUGCAGAACAGAACAGGCCAGGCCUGGGUUGCUUUAGCUCACAUACUCUCAGUACCCUGAGUCCACUUCAGUCUCCCCUUUGGUCAGCAUGACACACACAGAACGGCCAUCCCAACAUGUCCUGUGUUCCUGCCGCUGGGAAAGCAGUGAAUUACUUUUUCCUAUUACCAUCCUGUUGGAUGCAAGGCUUUCUCCAUAACUUAACUGACCUCUAUGGGGUUUCCCUCUGCAGCCUCCAAGGGAAAAUAGGGGUGUAUUAUAGUAUAGACAGUCUGCACUAAUGUACCAAAGAACACCCCUGUUGUCCUGUCAACUUUUUUCAAUCUUUACUAAAGACAUGCCACUGGCUCUGAGUAAAGCCAGUGUGUUUAUGUAUGCAGAUGACUCAACACUAUACACGUCAGCUACCACAGCGACUGAAAUGACUGCAACACUUAACAAAGAGCUGCAGUUAGUUUCAGAAUGGGUGGCAAGGAAUAAGUUAGUCCUAAAUAUUUAUAAAACUAAAAGCAUUGUAUUUGGGACAAAUCAUUCACUAAACACUAAACCUCAACUAAAUCUUGUAAUAAAUCAUGUGGAAAUUGAGCAAAUUGAGGUGACAAAACUGCUUGGAGUAACCCUGGAUUGUAAACUGUCAUGGUCAAAACAUAUUGAUACAACAGAAGCUAAGAAUGGGAGAAGUCUGUCCGUAAUAAAGCGCUGCUCUGCAUUCUUAACAGCACUCUCAACAAGGCAGGUCCUACAGGCCCUAGUUUUGUCGCACCUGGACUAUUGUCCAGUCAUGUGGUCAGGUGCCACAAAGAGGGCUCAGAACAGGGCAGUAUCGCUGGCCCUUGGAUGAACACAGAGAGCUAACAUUAACAAUAUGCAUGUCAAUCUCUCCUGGCUCAAAGUGGAGGAGAGAUUGACUUCAUCACUACUUGUAUUUGUGAGAGGUAUUGACAUGUCUGUUUGAACUACUGGCACACAGCUCGGAAACCCAUGCAUACCCCACAAGACAUGCCACCAGAGGUCUCUUCACAGUCCCCAAGUCCAGAACAGACUAUGGGAGGCGCACAGUACUACAUAGAGCCAUGACUACAUGGAACUCUAUUCCACAUCAAGUUACUCAUGCAAGCAGUAAAAUUAGAUUUUAAAAAACACCUUAUGGAACAGCGGGGACUGCGAAGCAACACAAACAUAGGCACAGACACAUGCAUACAAACAUACACAUGGAUUUUGUGUUAUAGAUAUGUGGUAGUAGAGUAGGGCCUGAGGGCACACAUUUAAUAUGUUGUGAAUGUAUUGUAAUGUUUUUAAAAAUGUAUUACUGCCUUAAUUUUGCUGGACCCCAGGAAGAGUAGCUGCUGCCUUGGCAGGAACUAAUGGGGAUCUAUAAUAAAUACAAAUGAGAAACAGCUGGAUUGUGUUGAGGUCCUCUGUCAGAGCAGGAUGUAAAAAGACGAAGACAAUAACAAAUGUUUUGCUGCAAUGUCCUUCUUGGAUGACAAUGUAGGUUAAAAUGUGAACUGUGCUGAUACCGAAUGUAGUAAAGCUGGGGCAACUAUUCCCACACCUGCUCAUGAAGACGUACAUAGGCUACUGUAAUACACAGUAACCAUUGUCUAUGUUUCUUCUAUUUUUGCAGAGCAAGCAUCAGCAGGGAUCCUUUCUACGACAUGCUGGCAACCAGGAAGCGGAGGAUAGCCAAUAAAAAAUGA